AUGCCCAACGAGUCGUCUUUCAACAAGCCUUCGGCUUCCUCGGAGCAUCAAGGCCCGGGGGGUAAAAUGGGCACUUUUGGGAAAUCCGCCGGGCUGGCAGGAGCUGGAAGCAACGCGGGGGCCCUGAGCCAGAGUCCUGCUGGGAGUAGCGGUACCGCCGCUACCUCGGGGAAAAAAUCUCCCCGGCUCCCUAAGUGUGCGCGCUGUCGGAACCAUGGCUUCUCCUCGGCGCUGAAAGGGCACAAGCGCUUCUGCGCGUGGAGAGAUUGCCAGUGUAAGAAAUGCAGCUUGAUCGCCGAGAGGCAACGGGUGAUGGCCGCCCAGGUUGCGUUGAGAAGGCAGCAAGCUCAAGAGGAAGAGCUGGGCAUCAGCCAUCCCAUCCCUCUGCCCAGCGCCACGGAAAUGUAUGUUAAGAAAGAGAGCAAUGCCAAUGGUUCCUGCCUAUUGUUAGAAAGCAGCAGCCCACCACAAUCCACUACCGCCGGAACUUCAUGGCCUGCCUCAUCCACAGAGGGACGGAUGCUGAUUCAGGACAUUCCUUCCCUGGCCAGCAGAGGGCACCUGGAGAGCGCAUCUGAUUUAGUUGUGGACUCCACCUACUACAGCAGUUUUUACCAGCCCUCCCUGUAUCCUUACUACAACAACCUGUACAACUACUCCCAGUACCAGAUGGCUGUGGCCAGUGAAACCACCUCUGGAGAUUUGGGGAGCCCACUGGUAGGGUCCCCUGUUAAAAACAGCCUCCUAAGCCGCCCAGCAACCUAUAUGUCAAGCCAGUCAGGAAAUCAGUGGCAGGUGAAAAGCCCAGAGAAUCGUCAUGGCAUGAGUUCCCAGUACAGGAUGCAUUCUUACUAUCCCUCCACCUCCUACUUGGGACAGAGUGUUGGGACCCCUACCUGUGUCCCCCAAAUUUUCACUUUUGAGGAGAGCUCCUCUUACUCUGAAACAAAAGCAAAUGGUAAAAAUUACCACUGCAGCUUCUCCUUAAUUACAUCCACGCUAGUAUUUUCACCACCCAGUAGUCAGGAUUCUGGCUUGGUUUCCCUUUCCAGCAGCUCUCCCAUCAGCAGUGAAAGCACCAAAGCUGUCUUGGAAUGCGAGUCGACCUCUGAUUCCGGCACCUUCACUGUUCAUUCUGUCAUGGAAGAUGGCGAAUAA